UCUGUUAGUCACAUGCGCUUUAUAUUUCAGUAUCACAGCGGGUGACAAGGAUUUUCACUUGGUCUGGAUGGCACGAAGACGCCGCUUCGCUCUGAGCGCCGAGCUUUCUGUCAGAAAAAGAGAAAAUGACAUGGAAUAAAUGGGGUUUUACGACAUCAACAUGUCCAGAUAGAAUUGAGGAUUGACGCUUUAGUUAUGCUACUGUAGAUGGACUAAAAGUCUAGACAUGAUGAUCAGCGGCGUGGGCUCACUGUACGGAGGACUCCAAAGACUGGAGAUGAGGAGCACGAUGUGGAUUUUGGCAGUGGUUGUCCUGCUGGUGCCUGAAACAUGGAGCACGGACCCAGGAACUAAUCAAAGCACCUUUGUGAACUCCAGCACUACACAUCAUGUUCCUCCAGUCCUCGUUAAUUUAACUUUCAACCUGGGAGAUAACGCUACGCUGAUGUGCAGCAAUAAAACUUGGAUGAACAUGUUAUUUGAGAUUUGGGACAUAUCCCUGAAACACAAAAACUGCAAGAUCACCUUUAAUAUUGAUGGCCGAAGUGAAAACACCUGCGAAGACGACAAGGCGCUUCGAAACACGACCGAGUUUCAGUCGUACCUGCAGAUCCCGGCCUUCUCGGCCAAUGACCAGGGCGUCUACAGGUGUGAGUCCGUUUACAGCGGAGGAAUUGACCUUGUUGAGUUCACAGUGUCUGCCUCAGACUUUCCUGCUCCAGGAGCCACCAACACCUCGACAAAUGGACGAGUAGAGGGUCGAAAAAACUUCCCUUGGAUCUACAUACCAAUUGGUGUGUUAACCUUUGUACUUUUGGUGGGAUUCUUUAUUUUUGCACAAAAGAAACUAAUCAUUUUGAGACGAUGCUGUCAGGCCGAUAAAUCAGCACUGAAAACUUCAGCGACAGAGGAUGUGGAGGAAGUGGAGCCCUACGCCAGCUACGUUCAGCGUGUGAACUCCAUCUAUAACUCGUCUGCAGACUUCUUCUCACCCAAGAACCCUGCACAUGCUCCCUACACCUAAAUGCACAUGGCUCACUGUGAACGACUGACGGCUGCGACGCUGAGAAGGGGUGAGAUAGUGGUGAAAUGAAAGGCUUCCGAUGAGAAAGGGAAGCCUCAUGGCUCUGAGCGAUCUGGUGGAGACGGGGGCGUUCCUGAGGCCACACGCUCGCUCUCGCUCUCGCUCUGCCAGAGGAACCCACUCACAGAGAGUGUGUGGGUCUCGCUGAGAACGUUAUUACUAACUACAGAUGCAACUGCCGAAAUCGGAAAGUUUCCUCUCUUCCGCCAGGCGCAUCGUGUCGAGUCAGCGGUACUGCAGGCUUCGUGACGCAGCUGAUCAAAUGCGUUUAUAUACGAUUAUGCACAAUUAUUCAGGAAGAGUAAAAGUGUAAAUACAUUUAACGUCUUUAUUCUUAUACAGCAGGACUACAAAUGAUUCAGUAACUCAGCUGACAUGAGGAAAUGUAUGUAAAGUUUUAAUAUUACCUGUUAAUGUAUAAUAAUGUAAUUGCACAUAUUAAAGUUCCAUUUAAACACA